AUGCAAAACGAUGUGAAACUUCCUAUUAAUGAACGACGGAACUAUAAAAAUUGUAUCGAUGGAUUAAUUCAUGUAGUUCGUCAUGAAGGUGUAAUCAAAUUAUUCAAUGGAGUCAGUAUGACUGCUUCUCGAGCCGCAUUUAUGACAUUAGGACAAUUAGCCUUUUAUGAUAAAUUUAAAAUCUUGCUUAUUAACUCUGGUGGAUUUGAAGAUAAACCUUUAACGCAUAUGAUUGCGAGUUCUAGUGCAGCUGGGGUUGCAACUUUUAUUACCCAACCAUUUGAUGUAAUGAAAACUCGUUUAAUGAAUGCUCCUCCUGGAAAGUAUUCUGAUCUAAUGAGCUGUGCUGUAGAUCUUGCAGUUACUGGUCCAUUAUCUUUUUUCAAAGGUCUAAUUCCAGCAUUCAUCCGUUUAGCACCACAUACUGUAUUAACGUUUGUAUUCCUUGAACAAUUGAUUAUUAACUUUGGACAUUUACCGCACUCAAAAUAA